AUGGUGUGCGACAAGUGUGAGAAGAAGCUCGGUACGGUGAUCACCCCCGAUACGUGGAAGGAUGGUGCCAGAAAUACUACAGAAAGCGGUGGCCGCAAAUUAAAUGAAAACAAGGCAUUGACCUCAAAGAAGGCAAGGUUUGAUCCUUAUGGAAAGAACAAAUUUGCAAUAUGCCGGAUUUGUAAGAGUUCUGUCCAUCAGCCAGGGUCUCACUAUUGUCAAGGAUGUGCCUAUAAAAAAGGCAUCUGUGCCAUGUGCGGCAAGAAGGUCUUGGAUACAAAGAACUACAAGCAAACUUCUGUCUAAUUGUAUUGACAAGUCUUUUUAUGAACUUCAACUUUUGUGACUUUGUACAGUAACUUUUCUCUAAAAGAAUUUGUGAAUAUUGCUUUCUGGAAGAUAAUGCAUUUACUUGGAAUGAGAUGAGAGAUAAAGACAGCCUGAUUGUUUGCCUAAAAAUGUACGUAAUUUUUGGUUCUUGUUGGUUUAGCACUAAUGUUAACUGAUAUUUGAAGGUAAUGGUUUGUAGCAAAUGAUGCAGUUCAAAGGGAAUGAGAAGAUGUAUAGGUUGAAACUAUGUUAACAUCAUAACACAGAUCUUUGAGAUGAACAUUUUUAUUCUUUUGGUCUAUCACAAGUCUUCUGCUUGUCUCAGUAAUAUUUUGUAGCUGUAAAAAAUAUGAGCUUGUAUCA